UGGCAUUCGAAUUAACGUAUCAAUAAAUAAUUAAUACCAAGUAAAACGAACAUUUUCACAUUUUAAAUUCAUAUGAGUUUCUUCAUUUUUACGAUUAAAUAUACUAAUGGAUAUUGUUGAUUGAUCAAUAAUGUUUCUACGAUUUAUAUAAUUUAAUGCUGAACUGUAUGCUUCCUCUUUAUAAAUAUAUGUUUAUAUAUCCGUGUUCAAAUCAUAUAAUCUAUUCUAUCGCAUUAUGAAGAUUUUUUUCUUUUCAACGAAAGCGAAAACAUGUUAGAUUUCCGAAUUUUUGCACAACUUAGCUAACUAAAAUAGCCUUAAUUUAAAGGGCGCCCUUCCUUGAAUUUUUAACGAAUGUAGAGUACUGGAGGAAAAAACAGACUGAUCAAACAUUAAAUGCAGAUUGUAAUUCCACAAGACAUUUACUACACCAUCUUAUUAAUUCUUUAUAUUCAUUUCAUGAACUAGAAAAAGGUUCAAUUGAUGAAAAAAUUUCUCGUACUGUAUCGUUGUCAGUAUCACGAAUGACCACUAUCGAUAAUUAUAUGUUAAAACUUUAUGGUUCACAUUAUGAAACAUAUCGUAAAUCAAAACUUAAAACAACGAGAAUCAUUUAG